CGCGCCGGGAAGCACAGUGCGGCCCGGUGCGUUGCAUAGCGGACGACCACGCCACUCCUCCUCUUACGAAACUCCAAAAACUUACUGCAAAAUGAGGGAAUGUAUCUCAGUCCACAUUGGUCAGGCGGGAGUCCAGAUCGGUAAUGCUUGCUGGGAGCUGUACUGCCUGGAGCAUGGCAUCCAGCCUGACGGUCAGAUGCCCUCGGACAAGACUUUGGGUGGAGGAGACGACUCCUUUAACACCUUCUUCAGCGAGACUGGUGCCGGCAAGCACGUGCCGAGGGCUGUCUUCGUUGACUUGGAGCCUACUGUUGUCGAUGAGGUCCGCACCGGCACAUACCGACAACUGUUCCACCCUGAGCAGCUAAUCACGGGCAAGGAGGACGCGGCUAACAACUAUGCACGUGGUCACUACACUAUCGGCAAGGAGAUCGUGGACGUAGUCCUCGACAGGAUCAGGAAGCUGGCUGACCAGUGCACUGGACUGCAGGGCUUCUUGGUGUUCCACUCGUUCGGAGGCGGUACCGGCUCCGGAUUCACUUCCUUAUUGAUGGAGCGCCUCUCCGUCGACUACGGAAAGAAAUCCAAGCUUGAGUUCUCCAUCUACCCUGCACCACAGGUAUCAACAGCAGUGGUAGAGCCUUACAACUCGAUCCUGACCACCCACACCACCCUGGAGCACUCGGAUUGCGCGUUCAUGGUGGAUAACGAAGCCAUCUACGACAUCUGCAGGCGGAACCUCGACAUCGAGAGGCCCACGUACACCAACCUCAAUAGGCUUAUUGGACAAAUCGUGUCCUCGAUCACCGCCUCCCUCCGUUUCGACGGCGCCCUGAACGUGGACCUCACGGAGUUCCAGACCAACUUGGUGCCAUACCCUCGUAUCCACUUCCCCCUGGCCACGUAUGCGCCCGUCAUCUCCGCGGAGAAGGCUUACCAUGAACAACUCACUGUCGCUGAGAUCACCAACGCUUGCUUCGAGCCAGCCAACCAGAUGGUGAAAUGCGAUCCUCGUCAUGGCAAAUACAUGGCUUGUUGUAUGUUGUACAGAGGUGACGUGGUGCCGAAAGACGUGAACGCGGCGAUAGCUACCAUCAAGACCAAGAGGACCAUCCAGUUCGUCGACUGGUGCCCCACUGGAUUCAAGGUGGGCAUCAACUACCAGCCCCCGACCGUAGUGCCCGGAGGCGACUUGGCCAAAGUGCAGCGCGCCGUGUGCAUGUUGUCCAACACCACCGCCAUCGCGGAGGCCUGGGCCAGACUCGACCACAAGUUCGACUUGAUGUACGCCAAGCGCGCGUUCGUCCAUUGGUACGUGGGAGAGGGUAUGGAGGAGGGAGAGUUCUCCGAAGCCCGCGAGGACUUGGCCGCCCUCGAGAAGGACUACGAGGAAGUCGGCGUCGACUCCACCGAGGGAGAGCUCGACGAGGAAAACGAAUACUAAACUAUC